UCACUUGCUAGUUCUGCUAUUUCAACCAACCCAUAGCUAAUUUUUGUGGGCUACACCUACACUCGGCGCGGCACAAAAAUACGGAAUCAACACUCCACAUACCUCCCAAUCGAUUCACAACAACAAUGGCUGAUCUGGCGGCGAUGCCCAACUCCGGUGAGCAGCAGGGCAGGGACGCACCGGCACCGCCGCAUUUGGUCUUCGUCCCGAGCGCCGGCAUGGGCCACCUCCUCCCAUUCACCCGCUUCAUCGCCGACCUGGCCAACGAGAACGUCGAAAUCUCCGUGGUGACCGCGCUCCCGACGGUGUCGGCGGCCGAGGCAGCCCACUUCGCCGACCUCUUCGCCGCCUUCCCCCGCAUCCGGCGCAUCGACUUCAACCUCCUGCCCUUCGACGAGUCCGCCUUCCCCGGCGCCGACCCCUUCCUCCUGCGGUGGGAGUCCCUGCGCCGCUCCGCGCAACUCCUCGGCCCGCUCAUCGCCGCCGCCGUCCCGCGCGCGUCCGCCGUCGUCACGGACGUCACCUUGGCCUCCCAAGUCAUCCCAAUCGCCAAGGACGAGCUCAACCUCCCGUGCCACAUCCUCUUCAUCUCCUGCGCCACCAUGCUGUCGCUCGUCGCCUACUUCCCUGUCUACCUCGACGGCGCCAAGGCCGACCACCUCGUCGGCGACGUCGACAUCCCCGGCGUCCUCCGCCUCCCUGUAUCCUCCCCGCCGCAGGUGCUGCGCAACCCGGACAGCCUCUUCACCAAGCAGUUCAUCGCCAACGGGCGCACCAUCGCGAAAUCCGACGGCAUUCUGGUGAACACCUUCCGCGCACUGGAGCCGGAGGCGCUCUCCGCGCUGAACAGCGGCAAGGUGGUUCCCGGGUUCCCGCCAGUGUACGCCGUCGGCCCGCUCAAGUCGUCCAUCACCAUGACGACGAGCACCGGAAGCAGCGAUAAGGACGAGGGAGCCGCUGCGGGAGGCUCGCCCAUGGCGUGGCUAGGCGAGCAGCCGGCGGGGUCGGUGGUAUACGUGGCCUUCGGGAACCGCCACGGCGUGUCCCUGGAGCAGAUCCGGGAGAUCGCGGCGGGGCUGGAGGCGAGCGGCUGCGGGUUCCUGUGGGUGCUCAAGACCACGGUGGUGGACCGCGAGGACACGGCGGAGCUGGAGGACGUGCUGGGCCGCGGGUUCCUGGGCCGCGUGACGGGCCGCGGGCUCGUGACCAAGGAAUGGGUGGACCAGGAGGCCGUCCUGCAGCACCCGGCCGUGGGCCUGUACCUGAGCCACGCCGGCUGGAACUCGGUCACGGAGUCGGCGGCGUACGGCGUGCCGAUGCUGGUGUGGCCGACGGCGGGCGACCAGCGGGUGAUCGCCACCGUGGUGGCCAGCGCCGGGUUCGGGCUGUGGAUGGAGCACUGGGACUGGGAGUCGCUGGUGAGCGGGGCGGAGAUUGGGGAGAAGGUGAAGGAGGUGAUGGGCAACGAGGGGAUCAAGGCCAGGGCGGCCAAGGUGAGCGAGGAGGCGGCCAAGGCCGUCGCGGAAGGCGGCUCCAGCCACCGGAGCAUGCAGGAGUUCCUCGCCAAGCUCAAGCCUAGUACUACCUAAUUAAGCUCGACCGGUUGCUGUUCCUCUCCUCAGGUGGCUGUUCUCUUGAUUAUUAGCGUUUGAUUUGCAAUGUACUAUGUAAGCGUGUUGUGGAAGCUUAGCCAAGCUAAAUUGCUACCUUCAUAAAUUUUGCAUGCAGCUCUUAUGCGUGAUCUUGAAAAAGAAUACUGUAUGUUCGUAGUCGUGCAUUGCAGCUUCGUUCGAUUGACGGUUUCUAUGGAGUACAAGACAAGUAUUUGGUGUC